ACCGGCGAAUUGAUUCGUGUGAAGUUAUUUUCUCAGAUUUGGUGCAAUAUUACUGUAAAUAAACUUUUCUGUCGUUUACGUUGAGUUGAUUAAGUUCCUCCGUAUCGGGCGUGAUAAAGUUUGCUGUUCAGUGUUAUGUUUUUUGUGAGAUAGAGACUCUUUUAAAUAAGCUGUGUUUCAACUUCUACAGAAGUUUAAACUCUUAUUUACUUUUCUGUUUAAUGGGUAUGUUAUCUACUUACUUGAAAUAUUAGAUCUAUUACAAAUCUAUUUUUCAUUAUAAACAACCCUAUGUGAUGAAAAUGUAAAUGUACUUUCAAAACUGGUAAAUGCAUGAACCAGGGCAUUGACACUGGUUGGAGAGAAAUUAUAGGCUUUGUUUAAUUAAUACCUAUUUCAUUUUAGGCUUCUACUGAUAAUGGAGAGUAGAAACAACAAGAAGUGCGUUAUUUGUAAUAAGAGGCGAAGUCGUGGUGGAUCACCCUUACUUUUGAGUAGGUUUCCUCUGGAUUCUGACCGUUGUCGAAUGUGGGUUAAAAAUGCUGGCAUAGAAGACUUAGCAUAUGUACCUAUUGAAAAGUUACACCAACUGAAGUUUGUUUGUGGUGGGCACUUCACUCCUGAAUCCUUCAAUGCCAAAGGAACUCGGCUGAAGAACUCAGCUAUUCCAACACUGGAAUUGAGCAAUCCCAUCUUGCCAGAUGAAGUUUUGACAGAGUUUCCUCUUCAUGUAAAAGACUCCAAUAAAGAAAACCUCAAGACAGUUCUUUAUGAUCAUUCAUAUUGCAUUCCAAAGAAGUCAAAUCCAGUUGAACGAGUUCCCCUUACAACUACAACCAAACAACUAAAUUCAACAUGUUUGGGAGCUGUGGAUAUACCAGAUUCUGGUAUUUCUGCGAAAACAACUUUUGAACCUCUUCCUUCUACUUCCAAUGCACCAGAACAUAUGACCUAUAAACCCAUUACUCAUGGUAAGUGUACAAACUAAUUAUUUACCUUCUAAAAUAUGCCUUCCCUCAAACUAAAGAAUGCCACCCUGGAUGCGUUCUGCAGUCUGCAGUCAGGUCAAAAUGAACUUAUAUGUACAACAUUCUAGGUUUCUGUACAUUUUA